AUGCAGAUAGUGACCAAGCUGCUUUUGCCGGCCUUGGCGCUAGCUGGGAAGGAGCUAAUCUUCCCGCUGGGAGAGCUGACGGACUCGCCGUUCGACUUUGGCACAAGCGUCCUGGACGAUGUGAAAAUGUGUUACAAGCCGGGGAAUACUCCUCCUGUGCAGCAGCCGACGAUGCCGAUGAAGGGUGUUUAUUUAGAGAGUUGGAACGGAGACGCGGCUUUGAACGGGGUGGCAUGGAACUUGAUAACGCACGCGUACAUUUCAUUUGGGGCGGCUACAGUGCGUUGUGGUGUGAAGGUGACGGACGACGUGAAGGAGUUUACGAAGAAGGCGUUGGAAUUGGCGGAGAGCAACUCAGGUGACAAGCGUCCGUUGGUGAUAUUGGCGGUGGGAGGUUGGGCGGAUACACGGCAUUUCAGUUGGUGUGCAAGCAACUCUAAGCGUCGGUCUAAGUUGGUGAACGCUUUACACGACAUAGUUGAAGAGCUUGGUAUAGAUGGUGUUGACUUUGAUUGGGAGCAUCCUCGGUUAGGAGGAUGUUUGGGUCCUGACAAAGACGAUGAGGAGGUAACGAAUUGUGAAGGGAGUAAGACUAACUGGAUGGAUUAUUGUGAGAAGCCUAAAAAUUGGGCUUUUCACAAUAAGGAUGAUAUUGUCGGUUACAGCCAACUAUUAGCGGAGACACGUCUGGCAUUAGGUUGGAAAAAGCAUAUAUCAUUUACAGUUGGUAUAGGCGGCCAAUUAGAUGGUGGUUGGGGUGAGUUACCUGAUAGGUUUAAUUUCGGCGAUAUGUGUAAGUAUGCUAAUUUCAUGCAAAUGAUGAGUUACGAUUAUUUCGGUAAUUGGAAUGACCCAGGCAUCACAGGGCACCAGGGUGCCUUGUUCUGUGACCAGGAGGAUCCGGCUCAAAUUAAUGAAUGGGCACGCGGACCCUGGGAACCUAUGACGGCGGACGGGAGUUUUUGCGAUGGCGGAACCUCAGGACAGAAAAACAACGGCUACUACCCAAGCGCCUGUCCACCUAACCGAGUGGCCAUAGGACUGCCAGCUUACGGCCGCGGAUUCUGCGGCGUUAACUCCUCCACCUCCGGUGAAUAUGAACCCUUUACACCUUGCGACGUAGACUCCACAGAAACACCCGUCUUUGCCAACUACUGGCAAAUCAAGGAAUGGGAAUCAGAUGCGGCCUACACUACCUACUUUAACAAGCGCACACAGACGCCUUUCCUUUACAACAAAGAGAAGCAAUAUUGGAUCUCGUAUGCCAACACUGAAGGACUCACUAACCUCACCAAAUACGCCAUGUGUCGUGGCAUGGGAGGUGUCUUCUUCUGGGCUGCCUCUGGUGAUUCCGCAGGCGAGCUGCAAAUAGCAGCAUUCAAGGCCGUGGACGACCAGAUGGGUACUACCGGUAGUUACUCCGAAUGCCACGCAAAGGUGUCCGGCGGUAUUGACGAGACCAUCGACUAUCAACGUACCAUAACCGCAUCUGCGGCUAAAAACCCUAGUCCCACUUACACCACCGACACAUUGGUUGCCUCCUGCUGUCCGAAUUGUGACCCCAAACCUGCUGAUGAACCUUCUGACCUCGUCGCGGGUUACAACGGAUUCAAUCAAGUGAACCCUGCUACGCUACCUUCAGACCCUGGCGAUGACCCAGAUCCCGGCUCCCUACCCGAUCCCUGGAGCCCCGAAGAUGACACCGGCCGGACAGACGACGACUCCGAUUCUGACGACGACUCCCAGUGCGGUCUACCCGGCUCCUGCGAUAACACAAACACACCCGAUGAUAGUCAUACCUACGACCCAGACAACCCUGACAACUCCACUGACCCAACAUCUGCUCCCACCGACCCCACCGACAAGAGCGAUGCAACUGAUGCCACCGACGGCACGUCCGCGCCCACCAACAAUAGCAAUUGGGUCACGUUCUUCCCCGACACAGGAAGCGGUAACGGAAACGGAUCCACCCAGGUCAAGUCUAUCGUCACGGGACUUACCGUCGGUGCAGCCGUGGCUAUCGCGUACCUUGUACACAGGAACUAG